CACAUUUUUGCGCACUUUGCGAUCAUGCGAUUCCUCCACGCACUUCGACGGCCGUCGAUCUUGACGCAGCAUGUCCGAGCGUUCUCGCUCGCUGGUCCUGGUCAGAAGGCGGCAACAGCGCCGUUGAACAUGGAGCUCUUUGACAAGUACCCGCACCCCAAGGGGUACAUGAACAACUUGCGCAACAUUGGGAUUUCCGCCCACAUUGACUCGGGCAAAACGACGUUGACCGAACGCAUCUUGUUUUACACGGGACGCAUCAACGCCAUCCACGAUGUGCGUGGGAAGGACGGCGUUGGCGCCAAGAUGGACUCGAUGGAGUUGGAGCGCGAAAAGGGCAUCACGAUUCAAAGCGCCGCCACGUACGCGCAAUGGAAGGACUCGAACAUCAACAUCAUCGACACGCCCGGGCACGUGGACUUUACGAUUGAAGUCGAACGGGCGCUGCGAGUGUUGGAUGGUGGUAUCUUGGUGCUGUGCGGUGUCUCGGGCGUGCAGUCGCAGUCGCUGACAGUGGACAAGCAGAUGAAGCGCUACGGCGUGCCGCGCAUUGCGUUCAUCAACAAGCUAGAUCGCAUGGGCGCCAACCCGUGGAAAGUGAUCAACGAUCUGCGCAAGCAGCUCAAGCUGAACGCGGCGGCAGUCCAAGUCCCCAUCGGUAUCGAAGACCACUUGGAAGGCGUGGUGGAUCUCGUGCGCUUGCAAGUGUACCGCAACGACGGGCCCAGCGGCGAAACCAUCUUGACGUCGUCCGACAUUCCCCAAGAGCUCAAGGAACUGGUGGCUGCCAAGCGUUUGGAAAUGAUUGAACGGCUCGCCGACGUGGACGACGAGAUCGGCGAACUGUUCUUGAUGGAGGAGGAGCCGACGGCGGACCAGCUCGUCACGGCCAUCCGCCGCGCGACCAUCGCGCACAAGUUUGUGCCCGUGUUCAUGGGCUCGGCGUUCAAAAACAAGGGCGUGCAACCCAUGCUCGACGGCGUGAUCGACUACUUGCCGGCGCCGGCCGAAGCCCAAAACAUUGCGCUGGACCAAGGCAAGAACGAAGAGCCCGUGCUCGUGCCGUGCUCGCCGGACGCGCCGCUGUUGGCGCUGGCUUUCAAGCUCGAAGAAGGCCGGUUCGGGCAACUCAGUUACAUGCGCAUCUACUCUGGCACACUCAAGCGCGGCGGGUUCAUCUACAACAUGUCCAACAUGAAGCGCAUCAAGGUACCGCGCCUCGUGAAAAUGCACUCGAACGAAAUGCAAGACGUCGACGAAGUGACCGCGGGUGAGGUGGUGGCCAUGUUUGGCGUCGACUGUGCCUCCAUGGACACGUUCAGCGACUCGAACGCGACCAAGAUGACCAUGACCAGUCUGCACGUGCCAGAACCCGUCAUGUCGCUGGCCAUCAUCCCCAACAACAAGCAAAACUUGAACAACUUUUCCAAGUCGCUCAACCGAUUCCAGCGCGAAGACCCGACGUUCCGCGUGAGCGUCGACGAAGACUCCAAGCAGACCAUCAUCAGCGGCAUGGGCGAGCUCCAUUUGCAGAUUUACAUUGAACGCAUGAAGCGCGAGUACAAUGUCGAAGUCGAAAGCGGCGCGCCCCAAGUCAACUUUCGCGAGACAAUCAAGGAAAAAGCCACGUUCAACUACCUCCACAAAAAACAGAGCGGCGGGUCGGGCCAGUACGCUCGUGUCACGGGGUACUGCGAGCCCAUUUCGCAAGAAGAGCUCGACGAAGGCGAGGCGCCGAUUCAGUUUGUCAACGAUAUCAUCGGGAAUGCCAUCCCGCCAGAGUACAUCAUGGCAUGUGAAAAGGGCGUGGGCGACGCCGUGCAAAAGGGCUGGCUGCUGGGCCACCCCAUUACUCGCUUGCGCGUGGUCAUCACCGACGGCCAAGCGCAUGCCGUGGACUCGUCCGAGCUGGCAUUCCGAACGGCCAUGGUGCAGGCCAUCCGCAGUGCGUUCGCCAAGGGGUCGCCAAGUGUGCUGGAGCCCAUGAUGACGGUCGAGGUGGACAUCCCGAACGAGUACCAGGGCGGGAUCAUCGCCGAAAUCAACCGCCGUCGCGGCAUGAUUCAAUCGAGCGAGGCGGACGACGUGUCCACGGUCGUGCGCGCCGACGUGCCGCUGCAAAACAUGUUUGGGUUUUCCACGGACCUGCGAUCGUCCACCCAGGGUAAGGGCGAGUUCACGAUGGAGUACAAGACCCACGACUUUGUGGCCCGGGAUGCCCAGGAGAAGCUCGUCGCCGAGUAUCAAAAGGCCCUCGAAGCCAAAAAGAAAUAGACGGACACCAUAUAUAGUGUGAAAUAGAAACCAACCAAGCCGAGUUGAAACACUCUGUCACAUA